GCAGAAUAUGAACUCUAUAAACGUCUUAAAUUACUUGGUGAAGGAUCCUUUGGUAAAGCUUAUUUGGUUGAAUGUCUAUAAGAUAAGUAUAUUAUGUAUAGGUAUUCUUAGAUCUUUAUGGGUAACAAAAUACAUGGAUUUAGCUGCUAUGACACCAUAAGAGAAAGAUGAAACCUUAAGAGAAGCUAAAAUUAUUGAAUUUCUAUCACAUCCUAAUAUUGUCAAAUUUAGAGAAGUUUAUAAAACAAAAAAAGGAAGAUUGUGUAUCGUUAUGGAGUAUGCUGAUGGUAAUUAAUAUAAUUAAACUUAGGUGGAGAUUUAUCAUAAAAAAUUAAAGAAGCUAAAGGAAAAUGUUUAUCUGAAAACUAAAUAUUAGAUUGGUUUACAUAAAUAUGUUUAGCUAUUAAACAUGUUCAUGAUAGAAAAAUUAUUCAUAGAGAUUUAAAAGGAUAAAAUAUUUUCUUAACUAAAGAAGGAUAAGUUAAAUUAGGAGAUUUUGGAAUUGCAAGAAUACUUAAAAAAACAGUUGAAAAAGCUAAAACUAUGGUUGGAACACCAUAUUAUAUAAGUCCAGAAAUUAUAGAAGGAAAACCUUACACAUUUAUGACAGAUAUUUGGUCUUUAGGAGUUAUACUUUAUGAAUUAUGUGCUUUAUAACCACCUUUUAAUGCUGAAUCACUUCAUUUUCUUGCUUUAAAUAUUGUUAAAGGUUAAUAUAAACCCAUUCCUGCACAUUAUUCUAAAGAAUUAAAAUAACUUGUCUAAUGUUUAUUAUAAGUUGAUUAAAGAAGAAGACCUACAAUCUAAGAAAUUUUAAGUAUUUAUUUAUCAUCUAUUUCUAGAAAUGCCUGUUAUUACCAAUAGAAUUAAAAGUUUUUUGACUGAAACCAUUUAGAGAGCAGAAUUCUCUCAUACUAUUUUUCAUAAUAAAGUUUUUGAAGUCAAAGGAAAUCUAAAUUAAGUUAAUCUUAUUAUUAAUGAAUAACCAUGUCCUCCUUAAUUAUUAGAACAAAAUGCUAAAAAUUUAUAAGAAUUUCCAGAUAUUGUUAAAAAACCUUCACUUUAAGAAUUUGAUCCUAUCAGACCACCUUAAUUAUCUAAAUAAUAAUAACCACCUUCAUCUCGAUACAAUGAUCCCAAAGAUCAACCUAAAAUUAAUUAAUAAGAAAAAUAACAAGAUAUACCAAAAUAAAGUGAAAUACCUAAAAAAAUAGAUCCUAUAACGAAAAAUUCUCCUCUUAUUUAAAAAAAAGAACCAUCUAAAGAAACACCUCCAUAAAAGGAAAUCAAAAAAUAAUCACCACUAUAAUAAAAAAAUCCAUCUAGACCUAAAAGUGAUUAAGAGAAAUAAUAAAAAAGUGAACCAUGUAGAUUUGAUGCUUAAGUUUAAAAAAAACAUUCAAAUAGUGAAUAAGCUUUGAUACCUGAAUAAAAAAAAUAAUAGUUUAUAUCCCCAAAACAUUAAUAAAAAAUAGAUUAGCCAAGGUUAAUAUUUUUAUUUUAUAAUUAGACCUCCAACUGCUCCAAAAGAUAAACCAUAACCUUAAUUGAUUCAAUAAAGACCUUAAAGUUCAAAACCUUAAGUUUAAGAUUAAAAAGUAGUAGUAGCUUAAAAAGUGAACAUUGAAAAGAAAAGACCUAUAAGUGUUGAUAAAGCUCCAAUAGUUUAACCAUAAUAAUAAAAAUAAUAAUAAUUAGAAUACUAACGUUAAGAAGAAAGAAUUCGUUUAUUAAAAUAACGAUAAUAAGAGUAAUAGGAAAAAGAAAGGAGAGAAAGAGAAAAAGAAAAAGAAAGAGAAUUAAAAAUAUAAUAAGAAUAAUUACUAGAAAAAUAAAGAUAAUAAUAGUAAAUAGAGAAAUAAUAAUAAUUAGAAAGAUAAAGAUAAUAAUAAUAAUUGGAGAAAUAAACAGAAUAAGAAAGAUAGAGACAAGAAGAAAAAUAGAGAUAGAAUCAAAGUUAAUAGAAUUAACAUAUAGAAAUAAAUAAAAAUGAAUAAUAAAAGUAAUAAUUGGAAAGAUAACCUUCAUAAAGAUCAUCUUAAAUGGAUAAUAAAUAAAAUGAAUCAAAAUAAUAGAUGAAAUCAAAAGCUGAUUAAUUAUAAAAGAUAGAGAAAAAUGGUAAAGAUUUUGAUUUAAUGCUUAAAGAAUUGGAAGGCUUGGUAUAAAUAAAUUUAAAUAUAGCUUAAUAAUGUAAAUAAUGCAAUAGAUAAAUUUCCAAAUUAAGGAGGGAAAGAGAAUUAUUUUGAUUACAAUACCAUAUAGACAAUGUUAAUAGAAGAUAGAGAAGAUGAUGAAGAUGAACCAACAGAUAAUAUUGAUAAGAAAUCAAAAUAGAUUAUAAAAUAAAUAUCAAAGGAAGAAGAGGAAUGUUUUUAGAUGUUGAAUGAGAAAUCAUCUACUUUGAAAAUAAAAUUAGAAAAUGCUCUUGGAGUAGAAAAGAUGAAUAGAGCAAAAAACAUUUUAAAAUAAACUGUAUUAUAAUAAAUUAAUAAAUAGUUGGAAUAAAUGGAUUUAGAUAGAUUAGAGAAACAAUAUGGACCAAAUUAUGAUAAAUUAUUACCAUUUUUAACAUUGGAAGAAAGAAAGAAAUACGCUCCACUCCUAUUUACUUAUAUUAUAACUGGAUGAUAGGGUUG